AUGCCAACACAACCCAAAGUCUUCCUCAUCACCGGCUGCUCUUCCGGCCUGGGCUACUCCCUCGCCAAGGCAGCCAUCGCAGCCGGCCACAAAGUCAUAGCCACCUCACGCAACCCAUCCAAGACGCCAGAAAAGGUAGCCGAGAUCACCUCCUUGGGCGGACUCUGGGCCGCAUUGGACGUGUCCUCUCCAUCUUUGGAGACCCAGUUUCAAGAGACUAUACUCCCGCUAGCCAAAGGCAAGAUCGAUGCCGUCAUAAACAACGCUGCCAUCGGCCUCACGGGCGUCGUGGAGGACAUUGAAAUAGACGCCGCGAGGGGCGUCUUCGAGACAAAUGUCUGGGGCAUAAUCAGACUCAGCAAGCUCCUCGUCCCGCUGAUGAGGGCCCAGGGCGGCGGCAGCAUCGUCAACAUCUCCAGUACGACAGGUGUUCUCCCCAUCCCCAACGUAUCGGUAUACUCAGCAACAAAGGCGGCGGUGGACGCCUUCACCCUCGCCCUGGCAGCGGAGGUCGCCCCUUUCAACAUCCGCGUCCUCAUCACUACGCCUGCCGGGAUCCGCACGCCGUUUGCGGACAACUCUGCGGCCCAUAGCAGUUCAUCGCUGAGAUCCGAAUACAGGGGAACCGAGGUGGAGGCCAUGGUGAAAAUGGUAGAGGACCCGGCGGCGUUCAAGAUCGACCCAGAUCGUAUGUCAGAGGUAGUCGUGCACGCUGUUGAUGGCACGGGCCCAUUCGAGGGCAAGCCAAAGGAUUUCAUCAGGGUUCCGUUUGGUGAUGAUGCACUGCGUAUGAUCAAGGUGCGGGUUGACGAGCUGAACGCAGCGAUGGAGAACUUCUCGGGUAUGGCCCAGGGCGUCGAUGUCUUAAAUUGA